AAAGUUGGAAAAAUGACGAGAGCCGAAAAAAAAAAGGUGGAAGAAGAGUGAAGAGGACGAGUAUGUGCGAUCUUCCACCGAAGCUGGUAGGGGAGAAGAUCCUCACCAAGAUUCCUAUAACAUCUCUGAGAGCGGUGAGAUCCACUUGCAAAUUAUGGAAGACUUUAACCAAAGAAUUGAUUUUGGGUGAAGCGUCAGCGGCAAGGCAGCAGUUUUUAGGGUUCAUGACGAUGGAUUCAAAGGUUUGUUCAAUUAGAUUCCUUCUCCGCCGCAGCAAGGACAAGGAAAACGAAAAAGACUUGGUUGAUCUAUCUAUAAAGCAAGUAGAUUUGCUUAAUCAAGUCGAGAUAUCUAAAGUCUUUCAUUGCAACGGCUUAUUGUUAUGCGUCGUUAAGGACCACUCUAGGCUCGUGGUUUGGAACCCUUAUUUGGGGCAAACAAAGUGGGUCAGACCAAGAACAGAUUUCAACAUACUAGACAGGUAUGCUCUCGGAUAUGACAAGAUCAACUGUCACCACAAAAUCUUGAGGUUUGUGGAGAUAACUCGCGUUCCCAGGUACGAAAUCUAUGACUUUAGCUCUAAUUCAUGGAGGGUUCUCGAAGUCACUCGCGACUGGGAGAUAGAUCCUUGGGCACUCGGCGGCGGCGGAGGCGUGUCUGUGAAGGGAAAUUGCUACUUUUUUGCUUGUGAGAACAUAUUGAAUCUAGAAGCUGAUGAAAAUGGAGAGGUAACAGAUAGGGAAGAUUUCUUACUUUGUUUUGAUUUCACAUCAGAGACGUUUGGUCGGCGCCUUCCUCUUCCGUUUCACUCUUGUAUCGACGAGGCUGUGACCCUCUCUUGUGUUAGAGACGAGCAGCUCGCGGUGCUAUAUCAAAAUGAGGGUCUUAGUGAAGAUCGGUUUAGCACAGUUGAGUUUUGGGUUACAACUGGGAUCGAGCCCAACUCUGUGUCCUGGAGCAAGUUUUUGACAGUGGAUAUGAGACCAUUCACACUCAGUGGUGUUCGCUUUGACAAAUGUAUGGCUGCGAGUUUCUUCAUUGACGAGGAAGAGAAAGUCGCUGUGGUGUUCGAUCUAGACGGAUACCUACCAACUGAGACCGCUCGUUGCCACACGGCUUUUAUCAGUGGACAAGACGGAUACUUUAAACCUCUGAGUCUUGGAGUAGCUCCCGAUGUCGGGGAACCUUGUCCCAUAACCGGGCGUAUGCUGACUAGAUAUUGUCCCCCGCUUGUGUGCUCUUCUGCUUAUUAUCCAAGUUUGGUGCAGCUCAAACAACCGCGCAAAAGGAAAGAAAGAGAUGUUUAGUUUUGCUUCUUGCAUUUCUCAAGACUGCUAGUCAAUUCUCAGUUACAUUUCCAUUCGGCUUUUUCAUGUAUCUUUCUCCUCUUUUAGUUGCUCUUGUCAGACUUACUCUUGUCAUGGUUUAAUUUUCUUUCUUUUCGUCCAUGAGAUUGUUAAGUACCUUAUUUGUUUCUUGCAUUGUCGUCAUUUGCGAGUCAAUUUAUCAACCGAUUGUUCUACUCACUUGUUCACUUGCAAGAUAACUAUAUACACCACAACCGUGAAUUGCAUGACAUGGUUACUGUUUGACCAAUUAUGGAGUAAACAAUAGAGAAAUGUCUGUAUGACAAUAAGAAAGUGAUAUCUGAUCUCAUCUCAUGGUAUGUUAUGUUUCCAACACCACUAUGAAUACUAUC